UGCAUUCCACGCGCCACCCGGGGCCCUGUUCGCCAGCGCACUCGCCGGUGCCUGUGCCCCAGUUCCGACCCCACCCGGUUCCCCGCUUGUUCUCCCGAGCAGAGCACCAGACUUCCGAGCUCGCCAGUGUUCCCGCCUCCGCGGCGGAAGCGGCCAAUGGGCGCAGGCUCCCCGUGGGCUCCGCCCCGUCCCGCCCACGCGGUCCCUGCUGUACAGUAGCCCGGCAGGGUGCUUGUCUGGCUCCGGCCGUGCAGAGCCGGGCUCUCGCCGUGGGGAGAUGGUCGUGCUCUCGGUUCCCUCCGAGGUCACCGUGAUCCUGCUGGAUAUCGAAGGUACCACAACCCCGAUUGCUUUCGUGAAGGACAUUUUAUUUCCUUACAUCAAAGAAAAUGUGCAGGAGUAUCUGGAGGCACACUGGGAGGAGGAGGAGUGUCGGCAAGACGUCAGCCUUCUGAGGAAGCAGGCUGAGGAAGAUGCCCACCUGGAUGGUGCUGUUCCAAUCCCUAUGGUGUCUGGGGAUGGGGCUGAUGACUUCCAGCAGACGAUUCAGGCUGUGGUAGACAAUGUGCACUGGCAGAUGUCUCUGGACCGGAAGACCACAGCGCUCAAACAGCUGCAAGGCCACAUGUGGAGGGCGGCGUUCACAGCUGGACACGUGAAAGGAGAGUUCUUUGCAGAUGUAGUUCCUGCAGUGAGGCAGUGGAAAGCGGCUGGAAUGAAGGUGUAUAUCUAUUCUUCAGGGAGCAUAGAGGCACAGAAACUGUUAUUUGGGCAUUCUACAGAGGGAGAUAUUCUUGAGCUUUUUGAUGGUCACUUUGAUACCAAGAUUGGACACAAAGUGGAGAGUGAGAGUUACCGAAAGAUUGCCGACAGCAUUGGGUGCUCAACCAGCAACAUCUUGUUUCUGACGGAUGUUACUUUAGAGGCCAGUGCUGCCGAGGAAGCGGACGUGCACGUGGCCGUGGUGGUGAGACCCGGCAACGCAGGGCUGACGGACGAUGAGAAGAUUUACUACCGGCUCAUCACCUCCUUCAGCGAGCUGCGCCUGCCAUCGUCCACGUAGACAGGGUUCCUGGGGGACCCUCAGUGCCCUCAGUGCCCUGUGUGUGUGCGCAGAUUAAUUUCUGUGGGCACAUACCAAAAAAAAAAAAGGUCUUCAGUUUGUUGGAAAUGAGACAUAUUUAAAGAUGCUUUAUAUGGAGACAUUGUUUGAGUUGAUAACUAUCCCUUAUUGAAAGCAAAGUGUAGUUGUUGAAUUGCUAAACUAUAGAUCAGAUAUGUUAGUUUUAUUAGGUCAUUACCAAAAAAAAAAUGGAAAGCCAGUUUUGAGAUAUUAUUCAGAAAUCUUUUUUUUUUAAAACUGCAAAUAAUGUCAGAGAGAUUCCCAAUAACAAUUUGUUGUCCCUGCAUAAUUAUGAGUUACAAGAUUAUAACAGCUGCAUUUCAUGUUUGCCUCCCUGUAUAAAAGAAAAGUUGACCUGUUUCUGUUCAGCUAGAGCUUUGAUCAAUCAAAUGUUUGUUAUGGAAGAAGAGAUGUGCUCAUCACGUGGCUCUCACAGCAAACAUUUGUCUUCUCAAUGAAAGUGCCCUGAUUCAGCAGCUAAAAGAGAAAGGUAGUGCUUAAUGUUUAACAGAACAGUCCUAAUCCUGCUGGGUGGUAUCAUCAUAGAUUUUACAGUUGUCUUUCUGUGUCUUAGCAUACUUUGAGAAUAUAUGUUAAUUGUUAUUUACUAUUUUUCAAAAAUUUACUGAAAUUGACCCACAACACCAAAAAGAGCUCUAGUAUAUAUUUUCCUCUGAGGUGGAUGUGAAAAGUGUAAAUUUUGUAACAGCCUUAGUUCUUUGGUUCAGUUCUCAUACAGUUUCAUGUCAGUUGGAUGUUGUGAUUAAUAAAAGCAUUUUUUUCUCUGAA